GCCGCAACAAAUACAACACUAGAAACUGACAUUCCUUCACAACUUUCCAACACAAUGGCUAGUAAAAUUUCUACUCUGCUAUGUCUACUCGUGAUUAGCUUCACUUGUGCACCACUUAUCAGCUGCAACGGAGCGUCUGAUGCUGAUCAAAAGGCAUACAUUGUGUACAUGGGCGAUCUUCCAAAGACCAGAGGUUUCUCCGCGACUGCUUUCCACACAAACAUGCUACAAAGAGUUGUGGGCAGUCGUGCAUCCCAGUCUUUAGUCCACAGCUACAAGAGAAGUUUCAAUGGUUUUGUGGCGAAGCUGACAGAGGAAGAGAGGAGCAGAUUAUCUACCAUGAAAGGUGUAGUGUCAGUGUUUCCUAGCACAAAGAAACAGCUGCAUACAACAAGAUCAUGGGAUUUCAUUGGCUUUCCUCAAGAAGUUGUGCGUGCAAGUUUAGAAAGCGAUGUUAUUGUUGGGAUGCUAGACACUGGUGUUUGGCCUGAAUCCAAAAGUUUUAGUGAUGAAGGAUUUGGUCCACCACCAAGCAAAUGGAAGGGCAGCUGCUCAUCCUCUUCUAAUUUUACUUGCAACAACAAAAUUAUAGGAGCCAAGUUCUAUAGAACGGAGGGAGAAGCAGUAGAUGAAGUUGAUUUCAAUUCACCUAGAGACUCAGAAGGACAUGGAACACACACCGCUUCCACAGCAGCUGGAGGAGUAGUAAACCAAGCAAGUUUGUUAGGCCUUGGCCUAGGAACAGCUCGUGGAGGGGUUCCCUCAGCGCGCCUUGCUAUCUACAAAAUCUGUUGGUCUGAUGGUUGUUCAGAUGCUGAUAUCUUAGCAGCAUUUGAUGAUGCUAUCGCAGAUGGAGUUGACAUAAUCUCUCUCUCGGUAGGGGGGUCAUUUCCUGUGGACUAUUUUGAUGAUCCAAUUGCUAUUGGAGCUUUUCACUCCAUGAAAAAUGGGAUACUCACAUCUAACUCUGCUGGAAAUUCUGGUCCUGAACCUGAAUCAAUUACCAACUUUUCACCUUGGUCCUUAUCAGUUGCUGCCAGCACCAUAGAUAGAAAGUUCAUAGCCAAUGUCCAAUUGGGUAACAGCAAAAUUUAUGAGGGUUUUGCUAUAAACACUUUCAAUCUCAGUGGUUCAUACCCCAUAGUUUACGGUGGAGAUGUACCAAAUACCGCUGGAGGUUAUACUGGAGCUGACUCGAGGUACUGCUCACCUGAUUCAUUGGACAAAACCUUGGUUGAUGGAAAAAUUGUUCUUUGUGAUGAGCUGAGCGAUGGGGAGGGCGCAUUACAAUCAGGAGCAAUUGGUACAAUAAUGCAAGAUGGAGGCUUUAAAGAUGAUGCUUUCUCCUUUCCUUUGUCUGCUUCUUAUCUAAGUUCAGAAGAUGGCGCAAAAGUUUUAUCCUUUAUUAACACGACUAGUAAAGCAACAGCAACCAUUUUAAAGAGUACUGGUGUGAAAGAUUCAUUAGCCCCAUUUGUUGUUUCCUUCUCAUCGAGAGGGCCAAAUCCUAUUACAAGGGAUCUUCUGAAGCCUGAUUUAACUGCUCCUGGUGUGGAGAUAGUGGCAUCAUGGUCAGAAGCUACAUCUGUAACAGGAAUAGACGGAGACAAAAGGGUUGUCCCGUACAACAUAAUAUCUGGUACAUCCAUGUCCUGCCCCCAUGCUACCGGUGCAGCUGCCUAUGUUAAGUCAUUUCACCCAACAUGGUCACCAGCAGCAAUUAAGUCCGCUCUAAUGACGACAGCCUCAACUUUAAGUGCUGCUAAAAACGUUGAUGUUGAGUUUGCAUACGGAUCAGGACAAAUUGAUCCUAUAAAAGCUGCACAGCCUGGGCUAGUAUACGAUGCAGGAGAGGUUGAUUAUAUUUCAUUUUUGUGUGGACAAGGUUAUAGCUCCAAGUCUUUGCAACUCAUAACUGGUUAUAACAAUACAUGUUCCGGAGUCAGCAAUGGCACGGUAUGGGACUUGAACUAUCCUUCAUUCGCUUUAUCUGGCGAGUCAGGCACUUCACUGAUGCGUACCUUCAAAAGAACUGUAACCAAUGUUGGGACACCAGUGUCCACAUACACGGCCAUUGUAAGUGCUCCCUCAGGACUUAAUAUUACAGUUGACCCUCGCGUGUUUUCAUUCAAAUCCGCGGGCCAAAAACAAAGUUUUACGGUUACAGUUGCUGCAACAGUUGGCACCAAAGUGUUGUCUGGUUCUUUAGUGUGGGAUGAUGGGACGGUCCAAGUGAGGAGUCCUAUUGUUGCGUAUUCUGUUUCAUCCUCCUAGUUGUAUUCAUCAUUUACAUUGAUUUAUCAUGUUUGGAAGUUUGAUAAACAUGAUCUGAUACAAAUUACUGUAACAUUUUACUCUGUAAGUUGUACCAUUACAUUUGAAUAAGAAAUGAUCAGAUGAUACUCAAUUUAUGUUUGUUA